AUGAAAGACCAGGUGGAGAAGGAAGCUUCAGCGGACAUGGUCGGUUACAACAAGUACAUGUGUUGGUGCGACACCAACAGGAAGGAGAAGACGGAGGCCGUCGAGAUCGCAACCAAAAAGAUCGCUGAGCUGACCACGUUCUUGGAGGAGGGAGCGGCCAAGAAGGAGAAGUUGAAAACAGAAAUUCAGGGCCUGGCUGCCGACAUCGCCGAAGACACCGAGACGCUGGCCACUGCGACGGCGCUGCGCCAGGAUCAAAACUCGAAGUUCAAAGGGGCGGAGGCCGACAUGAAGGAGACCCGCCAGCUCCUGACUGAGGCUGUGGAGGUGCUUUCCAAGGUUCAGUUGCUCCAGACGGGCGCCCCUGGAGCAGAGGCCGAGAAGGCCAAGACAGCCCUUGUGCAGGUCCGCAACAUUGUCAGCAGGCGAUUCCCGAAGUACGAGAGCAUCAUGCAGCGCGACUUCUAUGACGUUCUGGGAUCCUUCGACGAGAUGACACAGUCCAGCCAGGUGCUCACCGGCGCGUUCACGAGCGACGCCGAUCGUGCGAAGGCUGCCUCGUUGGCACAGUCCGCACAAGAGGGCCGACUGCUGCCCUGGGAGAAGACGGAAGAGCAGCUCGGCCAGGAGAAGAAACCGAACGAGCUCAUCGGAGCCGCCGCCGGCGCCAAGUCGUACAACGCCCGCAGCGGCCGCAUCCUCGGAGUGCUCAGCGAGCUGAAGGACGAGUUCACGAGGGACUUGGCACAGGCAACCUACGAAGAGUACCUGGCACUCGUGUCGUUCCAGAAGCUGAAGUCUGCGAAGGCCUCCGAGAUCUUCAUCGCCACCGAGACGAAGAAGCGCAAGGAGUCCGCCCUCGCCGAUCUCCUCGACGCCAUCGCGAAGGCCAAGGCGGACAAGGCCGCGAUGGAGGACGCCAAGGCGGCGGACGAGGCGUUCCUCGCCCAGCUCGAGCAGAGCUGCAAGGACGAGGACGCGGCCUACCACCAGCGCCUCGCGGCCCGCACCGAGGAGAUCCGGGCGCUGUCCGAGGCCCUGAAGAUCCUCACCGAGGACGACGACGCCCGCGCCACGUUCGGCCGCUCCUUCAGCCUGCUGCAGCAGCGGUCGCAGCGGAGGGCGUCCACCGAGGCGGAGCUCGCGCAGGACCGGCGUUCCGAGAAGGCCAUGCAGCGCAUCGCGGCGAUCGCCAAGAAGCACAAGAAUUGGGCGCUAGUGUCGCUGGCCGUGCGCACCCGCCUGGACUCCUUCAAGGAGGUAAUCGCUGCCAUGGACACCAUGGCGGCCGAGCUGGCAACUCAGCAGAAGAAGGAAUACGAGAAGUGGGAGACCUGCAAGUCCGAGAUCGACAAGACCGAGGACACCAUCAAGGUGGAGGAGCGCACGAAGAAGGAGCUCGGCGAGACGCACACGUCGCUGGUGGACAAGAUCGGCACUCUGAACGGCGAGAUAGCCGAGCUCCGGAAGCAGGUGGCCGACAACGAGGUGGCCCUCAAGGACGCCGGCGAGGACCGGAAGGCCGAGAACCAGCUGUACCAGGCCUCCGUCAUGGACCAGCGCGCCACGGUGCGCAUCCUCGAGAAGGCCCUCGCGCGCCUGAAGACGUACUACGCCAUGCUGCAGACGGAGCAGCCCGUGCCCGGCGCCACCGCGCCUGCGCCGCCGGCCAGGGGCAAGGCGUACGAGAAGGGCGCCGGCGCCGCAGGCGUCCUGCAGGUCAUCCAGAUGGUCAUCGAGGACGCCACGCGCACAGAGCAGGCGCUCGACAAGGACGAGAACGAUGCGCAGAAGCGCUAUGCGGCCAUCGUGAACGACCUCACGGCCAGCAUCGAGGCGGACCGCAUCGCGAUCGAGGAGAAGGAGCAGCAGGUCGCCGCAACCGAGGUGGAGAAGAGCGAGACAGAGGAGGCCCAGCUGGCCAACGAGGAGGAGCUCAAGAACCUGGCGGAGCUGUUGCACGCGCACCACCUGGAGUGCGAUCCACAUGGCUGCGGCUGGCCGCCGCAGGCGUGGAUGCCAGGGAACUUGAGCGGGGGGACGCAAGGGAGAGGGCGCGAUCCAGACGCGGUUGCUCCAGCGCUGAACCCGCCUGCAAGCGUUUGGCGAUUUUACUUCGGCCCCCGCAUGGACGCGGCGGGACUGCCCAGGGAGCUCCAAAGGUCGGCGGACUUCCUCCUCAAGUACUUCGACAUCCGUCAGAAGGCGCGCCAGGAGGAGAUGGACGCCAUCGGCGACGCCAAGGCGAUCCUCUCGGGCGCCGACUUCGGCCCCGUGCUCGAGGCGCUCGGGCGGGGCUACCGCCUGAUCGACACCGCGCAGGUCUACAACAACGAGAAGGGCGUCGGGGCGGCGCUGCGCAAGAGUGGCCUGCCCCGGGAGAGCGUCUUCAUCGAGACGAAGGCCAGCCAUGGCUACGACCGGACCAUGAAGGCGUGCAAGCAGUCUUUGAAGAAGUUGGGUCACCGGUGCGUCGGCAGCGCCGUGCGGUGCUCGGGCCCCGGCCUCUCGGUGAGGGCGCUGCGGUGGUUCGCCCUCUCCCGGGCCACCUGGGCGGACAUGCGCAACACGGGCACUUGGCGGGCCAUGGAGGAUAGAUUUGUACGAACAGGGCAAGGUGAAGGCCAUCGGAGUCACCAACUAUUCCAUCCGGCAUUUGCAGCAGCUGCUGGAGACAUGCCGCGUCAAGCCCAUGGUGAACCAGGUGGAGUUUCAUCCCCGGCUGGUGCAGACGGAGCUCCUGGACUUCUGUGCGAAGCACGGCAUCCAAGUCCAGGCGUAUGCCUCCCUGGGCUCUGGGGACGCGCGACAGACCGAGAGCUUCUUCGCCUUCCCGGAGGUGCAGGCAGCAGGACUGCUGCGCACGGCGUGACUCCGGCGCAGGUCCUGCUGCGGUGGGCCACGCAGAAGGGCUGCCAUGUGGUGCCCAAGUCCUCCAAUCCGCAGAGGACCCGCUUCGCAGAUGGCCGCCCGCGUGGCGGGUGA